AUGUAUUCAAUUUUAAGAGGAUAUGAAAGUUCUAAAGAAACAAUUAUUGCAAUGGCAAAAAUUCUUGUAAAAGAAUAUCCAAUAAAGUCACAUAAAUUAUUAGAAACGUUUAAUAUAUUUAAUUAUUCUAUUUAUCGAUAUAUUUUUAUUCACCAUAAACUUUCAAUUAAAGAAUAUGAUUUAAUAUUAGAAUCUAUUGAAAAACAUUCUGAAGAAAAUAUUCAAAUUGCAGAUUUAAUUGUAUCAAUUUAUAUUAUUAAAGAUUAUUAUUAUGGAAUUACUUCUGAUUCAUCAUUUAUUAAAUAUUUAAAUCAAAAAGUAUUAUAUAAUAGAACAAAAGCAAUGACUAAAUUAGUUGAACAUCCUAAACUAUUUUGGAGAUAUAUUUUAGAAUUAUUAUUAUUAUGUGAAUUAAAAGUUGUUAAAGUUUAUUGUAAAACAAUAAGGACUUUAUCAAUGAAUAUUGUAGAACCACAAUUAUUUAUUUCAUCUUUAAUUAAAAAUGUUCCUAAAUCAAUUUUUGAAAUUUUAAAUACACCUCCUUUAUAUGAUAGUUUAACUAUUCUUCAAAAAUUUGAUAUGUUAUGUAAAGCAAUUAAAUUAUCUCCUAAUCUUUCUCAUAUUAUUCAAUUAGAAUCUUUAUUGUUUCAGCUUAAACCUCAACAGUUAGAUUGUUUAACUCAACUUAUUAAACCAAAAACAUUAACUUUUAGUUGUAUUUGUAUGAUUAAUGACUACGCUAAAUAUGAUUUAUAUGAUUUAUAUGUUAAGGCAGUUUUAUUACAAGAAUUACCUUUAAUAUCUGGUGAUGUUGAUAAAAUUAUCGCUUUAAUAAAAGGUUUUGAUAAUCCUUUAUUUGAUUUCUCUAGAACUUAUCAAUUUUUAGAAUUAAAUAAUUUUAUAUUAGAAUCUGCUAUUUUACUUUAUCUUUAUAAACAGUAUGAAACUACAUUAGAAUAUCUUUUUAAUAAAUUAGAAAAUUCCCCAAAUAAAGAAGAUAUUGAAAUAUUUAUUUUAAAAUAUAUUAUUGGAAAAAUACCUGAAAAUGAUUUACUUUCAAUUAUUAACAAUAAUAAUUAUAUUAAUUCUGUAUUAUUAAAUUUAAUAUUAAAUAAAAAUGAAUUCGUUAGUUAUUUUACUCCAACUAUUAUUACUCAAUUAGAACUUAAUUAUAUUAGAACUACUUCUUCUAAACUACCUAACAAACAAAAAUGUUUAGAAAAAAUUAUUCUUUCAGUUGAUGGAACAGCUCAAAGAUUAAUAACAACUGCCAAAGUACCUUCAGAAAUUAUAAUUUUUUGUCCAAAGAAACAUAAAUUUACUAUUCGUUCAUUAAAACAGAAAGCAAAAAUUACAACAAAAAUAGAUCCAAAUAAUAAUGUUAUUAAAGAAAUGAAUAAAUUAAUUAAUUCAUUUUCACUAGAAAAUGAAUCUUCAAAUAAUAAAUUGAUUUGUCCAUUAUGUGUUAAAUCAAUUCUUGAACCAAAUAAAUUAGAAAAAGAUGAAGAGAAAUAA